AUGCCUCUGGCUGACCGCCCGUCUCUCUCUGCCGACCGACUCGCGCAGCACUUCUUCAUCAAUGACUGGGUCGAGAAUGACCGUGGCGUGGAGGAAGAGUACACUUGGAAACCGCAUCAAGUGCGCUUCGUCCUGUGGUAUCAUUUGACGACGUAUAUACCCAAUGAUGCUAUAGCCACAGCGUUCAAUGUCACUCUCGACGCAGGUGGUGAUGAUGUGCCGGAGAUGAAGGCCGCCAACGUACAAAACAUCAUCGACGUGAUAAAGAAUCGAAUGAAGCUGAUCGACACGGAAAUCGGGGAAAGAGGCCUAGGAAAAUGGCCUCGACCGAGCGAACUAGGCUGGAUCCCUUGCGACCAUGGAAUGAGUUGCGCGACGCUUGCUGAAGUGUCCCAUGGUGCCAUGACCAGCGUGAUGAGAAGCAACGAAUUGAGAACCAGGGGCGCAAGAGAGAUAGCUGCCAUGGCAACGGGACUGUGGGAGGGGAGUUGGGACAAAAUCCUGCAGUGUCCGAGGAGGCACAAGGAGGUCGGCCGUGCGAUACCCAACCCGGGGUAUGCACCGGCUCCUCCUUCUAUUGGGGCUUUACAAAGGACACCACUGCCAAAGGAAAGAAGGUGCACGCCCAUCGACGUCGUGAGCUUUAGUGAGGGGUCGAAGAACUUGACUGAUCCAUCAAUCGCCAUCGUUCCAAUCACAGAACUGCGCUCUUCGCCCAGGAAGUCGGGCGCGAACCCAUCGUCCAUGCAAGGAUCCAAUGCCACAGGUUCAGCGAGCAGGAAACCUCCAAGGUCAUUACCAACCACGAAGAACCACAGUCCGGCCAAUAAACUUCAUCGCUCGCUGGGUCGGGCCCAACCGAUGGCUGCAGUUGAAGAAGAAUCCGACAUUGACUCGGACGAGCUUACAACGGCGCGGCAUGUUCGAGCUGCAACCAGGCUGGCGAGCGGCAGGUUAGCCUCUGGCGGUGGCGUCCACCAAGCAGUCGUCCCUACUGCAAGUGCCAGUCCUGAGAUCAUCGUGCCUCGGAGAGGCGACGUUGUCCAAGCAGUGUUUGCAUUCCUUGGGACAUGUGAUGCUUUUUGGUUCGUGCUCGAACAAACCGUCCGAGGCAUAUGCUUGUGCACCAUCCUGGAGCCGUAUUUCGAGCUUCUGGGAGGGGACUCCGAGGACGUGCCGCACUAUGUGACGGCGCAGCACGGGCGGCCUGUUCUGCAUGCUGUAGGUACGAUUCUGUUCGCCCAAGCAGUGGUUGGGUAUGCAUCAGGUCGAGUCCGAGACUAUGCACGAAGACGCUGA